AAAACAACGUAAAUCGCGAUUAAUUUUAUUCCAAGUCAAAGACUGUAGGUGAAUAUAUAUGAUGUCUCCUACAAUUCUUUGGCUAUUCUAUUGCUUCGCUGUGCCGAACGUCCGCAGCGAUGUAGAACUAGCCGGAGCAGCUUUGAAAUCGGACAAAUCUAUUGAAAACAAUGCUAAUAGCGACGUGGCAGAUAACAAAAGUGAUCUGACUAGACUCAACAGUGACUCUAACUUAGCCGUACCGGAUGCAAACCUUAAUCUAGGAGCUUCAGAUUCAGCUAACAGAUUAUCUAGACAGAAUGAACAGGAUUCCAGUGCUGCCAGUGAAAACAGCCAUGAUAAUUUGAGAAAUUUAAGAUUAAAUUCGAAUGGCGUUGAUGUUUAUGAUUUCACAAGCCGUGCAAAUAAUUUAGGACAUCCAUCAUUAAAUGAUUUAAAUGGGGUUUUAAGUGGACUCGAAGCUUUACAUAAAGCAAAUGCGGUUAGGAAUGGUAGACUAAAUGUUGUGACACGAAGCGGACUUAAUGAUCAGAAUCAAGUCAAUCUUCUUGAUGGCAGUCAACUAUCAACUUUGAUAGCACUUAAUAGACACGGAGUUGGUGAAAAUGGCGUCAACGGUUUAAGUGGAUGGAAUAUAUUAGAGAAAAAUGGUUUAACUAACUCUAAAGGUUUGAAUGCACUUGAAAAUGUAAUCGUACAAAGAUCAGCUGCAUUACGUGAGAUAAACAGCGAUAAAGUACAUGCUGUUAACAAUGUUAAUGAUUUGAAUGGAGAUAAAGAAAAUUUACUAUCUACUGUGAAUCGAUGGGCUGUACUUUCUAAACACCAUGUAGGAGAUCUAAAUAACCAAGAACAACAUUUAGAUGGUAAACUAGCAGUGAAUGAAGUAAAUGGUCAAUCAGACACCAAUGAUCUCAGUAAAAGUGGCAUAAGUCGUGUUCACCACAGAUCAGAUAAUGUACACAGCUUGGAUGGUUUAAGUCAUCGUAAUUUAGGACUGGUUAAUAAUAACGACAAUUUGGUUAAACUACGACUGAGUGAAGCUAACAACGACGCAAAUGGUAUUACCAGCCUUGGUGUACACAAUAAUCUUCAUUCGAGUAACUUGGACGAUAGUUUAAAUUUGGAACAUCAAAAUAAUUUGCUAAACCGUAUCCAUAAUCAUGCGGAUGACGUAAAUGUAUUAGGAAGUGCAAACCUUUUAACCGAAAUUAGCAGAAGUGGUUUAGGUGCAGCUAAUUUGAAUAACCGAAAAGUUAGUCUCAACGCGUUAAAAGAAGCAAUCAAACUUGGAUUACAACAACCUGUACUUUUAGAUAGAUCCAUAUUGAUAGGAAGAAGUGGCAAUGGAUUGAAUGAGGAAGAUUUAUUAGCUGCAGCAGAUCAUCAUAAUGAAGGAAAGUUGAAUGCACUAAGUGCACUUAUUAGUUUAAGCGAUAAUAACAACAAUUUAAGAAGCGCUUUAAAUAAUUUAGCCAAUCUAAAUGGUUUAAGUAGAUCUGGCGAAAGUAAUGUGAAUGGAAUUGGCUUAGUAGAAGGCUCUAACAUUCACCGCAAUUCUAAUGAAUUAACUGGCAGCAGUAGUUUGCAUGCCAGUAAUGUAAAUAGUUUGAAAUCCAGCCAACCUACUUCACUGGUCAAGUCGGUAAGCCUCAAUAGCCUUGGUGUCAACGUUGAUGGAGAAUCUGGUCUAAAUUCUCUUAACACUGCCGAAACAUUAAACAGAGAACAUGAAAACUUAUCAAAUGUAGAAAAUAAUUUAGAUUCAGAAGGAACAGUACAAAGCAGAUUGCCUGCAGUCGAAAUUGAAUUGGACAAUCAUAAUAGAAGAUACAUAGGCAACAGGUUGGGAAACAUGGGAUUAGGCCACAGUAAAAGUUGGGGUCAAAAUCAGCCAAUACAUUCCCCGUAUGAUUUACCAAAAAAUGUACUACCCUAUUCAACACAUAACAGACCUGUAGUAACUCAACCUUAUAGACAGCAAGGAUGGUAUCAAUCUUAUCACCCCACCACUUAUAUCCCCUACGCCUUAAAAGGACGAAGUGGAUUGAAUGAUGAGGUACCUUUAAACAAUGAUGUAAUCGAUCUUUCAACUUUAUUGCUAUAUAUUAACAAUUUAAAUAACGUUGAUGGUUCAUCUAACAAGCUAGUAGAUUUAACAGAUUACGACAUCGAUAAUUUAUUACGUUUAUUUAAAAAAAGCGAGCUCAAUGGAAUAUCAAUUGGUAAAAAUGAACUGAGAAAUGAUGUUGAAGGUAAUUCUCAUAAUAUUGCUUCGGAACUCGAUGCUAUUAAUCUCAGCGAAUUAAAUAACAUGAACAAUCGAAGAAUCUUAAACAACAUAUUAAGAAGAUUUCAUUCGAACGUAGAUAAUGUAAACGUUGCCAACAAUGAUUUACUAAAUCUGAAUGCUGACGUUCAACACGGUCUACACAAAUUAGUUGGAGUAGAUUCUUUGACAGUCAAAUCAAAUAACAAUGACCUUGAAGAAGCAGUCAAAGAAGUUUUAAGAUCACACAACGUCAAUGAGCAAAACAUAGAUGUUGAAAACGUGGUAGCAGAGGCAAGAAGAAAUUUUAUGAGCAUUGGAUAAGUGAUAAGUUUGCGUGCCUAUUUAUAACAUAAUUUUACUGCCCAUGAACCGUGCCAUUAAAAAAUA